UUCAGUUUGACUUCACACAGCACCUACUAGAAGACAAGCUUUUCUUUAGACAUAAUGUCAUUUUUAUUUAGUUCCUCUGGAGACAGUAGAGAUAGUAGUUUCAUUGAAAGUCAGAGAAUGGGGGGAGAGCUUCACGAUCGUUUAGAGGAGAACAUCCGUCCAUUUAUUGAUCUGAUUGAUACACUGCGGUCACUUGGGAUUCAGAGAGACCUGGAUAUGUCACUACCGACUAUAGUAGCAAUCGGAGAUCAGAGUUCUGGAAAAAGUUCUGUAUUGGAAGCUCUGUCUGGUGUUGCAUUACCAAGAGGGAGUGGGAUGGUCACCAGAUGCCCACUGGAGCUAAAGUUGAGGAAGGUAACAGGUGGAAGCAGCUGGAAUGCAACUAUAUCAUACAGGAAGAAGAGAUUUGAUGUGGCGAACUCAUCAGUCGGUAAUACUGCAUCUUCUGGAGCCAGACAGGAUGUACGUGUAUCAUACAUUCCUCAGACAAUUACAUUUGAGGAUCCCUCUUUAGUUGAAAGACACGUUAAAGAUGCACAAAUUGCACUGGCUGGAGAUGGGGCAGGAAUCUCUGAUGAAAUCAUCACUUUAGAGAUCAGGUCACCUGAUGUCUGUGACCUCACGCUGAUCGAUUUACCUGGAAUAGCCAGAGUCCCAGUGCAAGGACAACCAAUGGAUAUUGGAAACCAAAUCAAAACUCUGAUCAUGAAAUUUAUUAAAAGGCCUGAGACUAUAAACAUGGUUGUGGUCCCAUUAAACAUUGACAUUGCAACAACAGAAGCACUGAAAAUGGCACAGGAAGUAGAUCCUGAGGGUACAAGGACUUUCGCUGUUUUGACCAAGCCGGACCUCAUUGACAGAGGAACAGAGAGACAGAUUCUGGCAAUUGCCCAGAACAAAGUUGUUCCUCUUCGCAAAGGUUACAUCAUGGUGAAGUGUAGAGGUCAACAACAAAUUGAUGACAACAUUUCACUGGAUGAGGCUUCAACAAUGGAGAAAGAUUUUUUUGAAAAUCAUUAUUAUUUCAGUUGUCUUUUGAAUGAGAACAAAGCUACUAUUCCAUGUCUUGCCACUGAACUGACUGAACAGCUUGUUAGUCAUAUCAAAAAAUCACUGCCACUGCUUGAUGAAGAGACAAAAAAGCAGUUAUCAGAAGUGAGAAAGGAUAUGAAGGCGAUUGAGGGAGGACCACCACGAGACCCUCAGGGGGCUAAACAAUACCUCAUUAAUAUCUUAACAGAAUUCAAUCAAAAAAUGCAGUCCUUAUCAUCAGGGGACUUGAUAAUUAAAGAAAAUUUGUUUAAUGAGCUUCGCGUAGAAUACAAGAAGUGGAACGGUUUUCUAAACAACUCAAUGUCAACCUUUUUCCAUCCAAGUGCAAAAAUAAAACAAGAAAUCAUGAAGAAUAGAGGAAGAGAACUUGCCAGCUUCAGUAGCUACAGGGUUUUUGAGAUGCUUCUGCAGAAACAUGUGGCCCAACUUAAGGAUCCAGCCAUUGUUUUAGUUAAUACUGUGAAAGACAUCACCUUCAAGCAGUUCUCGUGCUUGUCUAAGGAUUGUUUCUGGAGAUACCCUGAGCUUCUAAAACUCACCAUGGAAAAAAUUGAAGACAUUCAGUCAAGGCAGCAACGUAAAGCUGAGGAGAGGAUCACGGAGCAGUUUGAAAUGGAAAACAUGAUCUGUACACAAGAUGAUAUUUACUUUAAGACACUGAACAGAAAUAUGAAGGAGGCAUUUUCAGACACUCAGUUGCCUUUAUGUGAUAUAGCAAGCAAGUACAGUGAUAUGCUGAAGGCUUAUUAUGAGAUCAUGGUGCAGCGCAUGGCUGACCAGGUCCCCAUGCUGACCCGUUAUUGCAUGUUGAAAGAAGCUGUUCAGCUCCUGUGUAAUGAUAUGCUGACUCUGUUGGAUAGUGAAAAUGUGGGUGAGAUUCUGACUGAAGAUACUGAUAUUGGUCGAAAGCGCAGAGACUUACAGGCUCGCCUGGAUCGGUUGAACACCGCUCAGGAAGAAAUUGACCAAUGUAUUUGAACACUCUUAGAAAGGAUGUGUUAAUUUUUAACACAUCUUUGUGCAUUAAGCUUUUAACACAUUAUGUGUAAUUUAAACACAUUAUGUGUCUUUUUGUUUUGAUUUUGUGUUAAAAUAUAACACAAGUUGUGUUAAAAGUAACACAAAAUGUGUUGUUUCAAUAACAAUACAGAGAUGGGUGGAUUCUGGGACAACGCAUUUUUAACACAUUCAUUCUUAGAGUGAAGGGAUCUAUAAAAUCCAUAUUAUAUUAUCUGAAUUUAGAUUAUUUGUGAUGGUAACCCAUUAAAUGUUAUGCAAGUUAUGUUCUUAUAAUGAAGUGUUUAAAUUGUUUAAACAGAACAGCGCUCGUAGAUUUUGCCUGUUAUCUUUCACCCUUUGUUUGUUUACGAAACACAUGUGGUUUCAUAUAUGUAAUGGUUUUAUAAUGGGUUUAUUUCUGAUUUAAAUGGGCAUUUUAUGUAACAGUUAGUCGUACAAUAAAAUUAACCAAUAUAAUCUGCAUUAUAAAUAAGAUUUUGUUAACAUUAAUUAUAGCCAUAGCAAAUCAUUAGUAAUUGUAUUUACAGAAUCUACUGAAUAGGGGACAUUAUCUGCAUACAUAUGUAUUUGAC